AUCCGUGUCGUUUCCUCUCUAUAGAGUCCCUGAACUAUCUAACUUGGUUUCACUCCUCGUUUUCGAAAACAUUCGCUUGUCAGCCAAAAUCGGGCACUUUUCUCUUUGCACCAUCUGGCGAGCCGUUGGCAGAGCCGGGUUAAGACAAAAUAGAUGCAGAGGAUCGCUAUGGAAGAAGGAAGUAAAGACUUUUCUUCUUAACCAAACCAUCGCAAAUAUCUUUACGAUCCGACUUGCAUGAUGCCCACCUUCACUGCCAAGUCGUCUUCAUAUCAGUUCCGGGAGAAGUCUGGUUAUCACAAUCGUUCCCACAAUCACCAUCCCCUUCCGGUCAAAGAGCUCGAGGAUGUUAUCAUCGUUUGCAAUGUCAAGCCCUGGGAUUGAAUACCUCUUUGGGGGUUGGUUCUUCUCCUGGAUCUUCUUCGUCUUUGUCGUUCAAGGGAGCGGACGAAUACGAUGUGGCUCAAGCUAUGGCCUUCGAUGAAAAGUUAUUGAUUGACACCCAUUGUCAUAUUGACUUUUUGUUUCGGCGAUUAAAGCCGAUACCGAGAACCUUCUCCGAGUUCCAACACGACUUCCGAGAGUUCUUUCCGAACUCUUAUGAAGGCUGCAUCGCCGUGUUUUGUGAACCCAGAACCUGGUUUUUGGUUUAAGCAUGGUCUGGAAUCGAGCCUGGAAUUGGAGCCCUCUGUACGGGUGAUUUACGGCUGUCAUCCACAUUUUGCCAAUGAGUUCGAUCAUUAUGCGAAACUGACCUUAGAGAACGCCUUGAAGCGUCCCAAUGUGGUGGGUUUGGGUGAAAUAGGUUUGGAUUAUUCGGGCAAAAACACAUGCUCUCGAAUCAUCCAACAACGAGCGUUUCGAUGUCAAUUGGAAAUGGGUAUGAAGCUUCGACUACCUUUCUGUCUUCAUAUUCGAGAUGCCGAUGAAGAUGGAAUGGCCGUGCUUGAAGAGGCGGGAAUGCCAAAUAAUUAUCCCUUUCAUUUGUAUUGUUUCACCGGAAGUUGGAAGUCUUGCCAGGUCUGGCUUAACAAAUAUUCGGGAUGCAAAAUUGGACUGACCCCAAUUAUCACGGUUGCAUCUGCUUAUCAAGUGCGUGAAGUGGCCCGUCAAAUCUCAUUAGAUAGACUGCUCCUUGAAACGGAUGCGCCCUAUUUUCUACCGAAUAAAGUGAAGUUCGAAAGCGACUGUCCGUUGACCAACAGUCAUCCCGGUUUUGCAAUCCAUACCGCUGCUCAAGUGGCAGCUCUGAAGAAAAUGAGCCUGAAAGAAGUUCUCAAGGCUACCAGGACAAACGUGGCAGAAAUCUACAGGAUUGAACCAAUGAUAACCCGGCCCCAAACCAGGAAGGCGACUAAACCCGAACCAAAAUACGCGAAAUCUUCAUUUUUCGAGUCGUCUUUAACUAUGAGGACAUUUCGAUUCGAAACAGUAUUAAGUUCGGAUGAGGAACAAGUGACCGCUUCCAAACGUUGUUCAAUGACUUUUUCGGGAAAAGAGCCUAAACUGACCAAGGUGUCAAAAGCCAGGGAGCUGGAAAGACAAUCGGAAUUGCCCCUUCGUAAAAAGAAACGGAAAAGUAAGGAUAAAACGUGCGAGGAUUCUUCAAAAGGCAAGUCAAGCAAGAGUAAAGUGCAACAUGCUGUCCGACCUGAAUUCAAAAAGAAGAAGCAUUAG